GAUUCUCACUUUCGAUUUGGGAUUCAUAAACAAGGAGGGCUGAUCCUUUCCGUACCACACAUCUGCAUCAUAUUAAUAGAUUUUUUUUUAACUUAUCGUUUCCCUAUGUGCAAAUAUACAUUAAGAAGUUUGUGUGCAAAUGUAGAUAGCUAGCAUUUUCAUCCUUAUCCCUUAUAGGAACUGAACAUCAGAACUUCGCAUUUAUAACGGACUUCAACAUGGUGUUCAGCAGGUUUCAUAUUAGCACAUGGCUACUCAUCUGCUUCCUGUUUCUGUGUGUUCAUGGAAUAACAUCAAAACCAUACUUCAUCGUGACAUUCCCUGCAGUCAUAGAGUCAGGCUCUGAGGCCAAAUUUUGUGUGAGUCUCCUGAAGCCUAAUGAGACUCUGCAAAUGGACAUUUAUCUCAUUUAUGGGAAUCAGAGCAAAACUCUUUUUCAAGAGACAAUAGAAAAGGAGUUUCACCAGUGCUCUCAGUUUAAGGCUCCACAGGUGGAGGGUGAAUCAGUGCAGGAGAUCCAUGUAGAGGUCAAGGGUGAAAGCUUUUAUAUGACAAAAAAUACGAAAGUGAUGUUUAAAUCCUAUGAUGCAAUGGUAUUGAUCCAGACUGAUAAACCCAUCUAUAAUCCAGGCCAAACAGUAAAUUUUAGAAUUGUCGCUUUGGAUUCAAAUUUUAUUCCACUUAAACAAAAGUACAGCACAGUAAUAAUUGAGGAUAAUAAUAGUAAUAGAAUUGGUCAGUGGACAAAUGUGACCUCAACAAGACUGAUACUGCAGCUUUCACAUGAGCUGAAUGCUGAGGCUCCACUGGGACAGUAUCAGAUAAUUGCUAAUGCUGAAGGGAAAUUAUUCCAUCACAAUUUUAAAGUGCAAAAAUAUGUUUUGCCCAAGUUUGAGAUUACAGUAGACUCACCAAAAGAACAUAGUGUUGGUGAGGAGGAACUGAAGCUGGAGAUUUGUGGAAGGUACACAUAUGGACAGCCAGUACCUGGUUCAGCACUGGUGCAAGUCUGUCACUGUAACCCAAUGACUGCACCAUGCAUGGAUACAAGAGUGAAGAUGAGUAAGACUGGUUGUGCCUUAUAUAUACUGAAUGUGCCAAAUUUUAUAAACUUAAAUGACAACUGUCUGGCUGUUAACAUUACAGUAACAGAGGAAGGAACAGAAUUGUCCAUUGUAAAAUCUGAAAUCAUAGCACUCACUUACCAAAUUGGUAAAGUGGAAUUUGUGGAUUUACCAAAACACUUUGAACGGGAAAAAGUUAUUGAAGGAAGUGUUAAUGUUACUACCUUCAGUGGAGCACCAAUUCCUAACAAGAAAGUGUAUCUUUCAAAAAUUGAACAUUGGUCUCAAAGGGUUCUACUUAUUCUUACUUCAGAUAGGAAUGGAUUAGCACGUUUCCUAAUUGCUCCACCUGAACAUCCUACAACAGAGAUUCAAUUGCGGGCAAGUGUCGAUCCAGAGCAAAAAUACCAUGAAUACAAAACACCGUUCUUUACAAGUGCUGAUACACGUAUACAUCUGCUCCAACCUGCCACACCGUACAGUCCAGUGUUCAGUGAACUGACAAUAGAGAGCUCAGAGGAACCAUUUAAGUGUGUUGCUGAAGUUCCCAUAACAAUUAACUACUAUAUUGUUGGAGAAACUACUGAAAUGUUCAGCAUUAAUCUUAUAUACAUGGUCUUAUCAAAAGGACUUAUAGUACAUCAUGGGCAUGAGAAAGUUGAAGUGGAAAGCUUUACAGAUAUCCGAAGGGGAAACAUUUCAUUCACAUUGUCAGUUGCUGCUGAGUUUGCUCCAGCAGUUCAGGUUGUGGUGUACUCUGUCCUGCCCAGUGAAAAAGUCAUCACUGCUAACAAGAAUUUUGAGGUGGAAAAAUGUUUUAGAAAUCAGGUUUCGCUACAGUUCUCCCCCUCCAAGGCCGUUCCUGGUGAGAAUAACACUCUCAAGCUAUCAGCUCAUCCUGGCUCUUUGUGUGGCCUCAGUGUUGUAGAUCAGAGUGUGUUCAUCUUGGACUCUGAGAACCGUCUAAACGCAAACAAGAUAUUUAACUUGUUACCAGUGACAUCUAUGUCACAUAAUGAAGCUGGGCUGGGAUGCUUGAAUUUCAAACUCCAACAAGGAGUGGGAAUGAAGAUGAUAACAAACUUGGCUCUUGAGUGUUUGUUGUUUCCUGAUGAGCUGGAUGAAGAAGAUAAUGACGUAUUUGACUAUUUAUCUUAUGACAUUGUUAGAACUGUAUCAUCAGCAUAUUAUGAAGAAUAUAAAGAUCAUGAAGAAAAUGAAGGUCACCCAGUGAACACUGUCUCUGUGACAGUUCGCAAAUUCUUCCCUGAAACAUGGAUAUGGCAUCUGUCUGAAGUGGGAGACUCUGGAUCAGUAGAACUUCCUGUCACUGUUCCUGACACCAUCACUACUUGGGAAACAGAGGCUUUCUGUGUGUCCGCUGUAGGUCUGGGACUGGCUCCUCCUGUUCAGCUCACUGUAUUUCAGCCAUUCUUCCUGGAACUCUUGCUGCCCUACUCCAUUAUACGAGGAGAGGUUUUUGAGUUGAAGGCCACUGUCUUCAAUUACCUUUCCAAAUGUAUUAUGGUUAAAGUGACUCCAGUGGCUUCCUCAGACUACAUUAUCGAAGCUCUUUCUCCAGGAAAUUCAUCCUGCCUGUGUGCAAAUGGAAGGAAAACCUUCAAAUGGACUCUGAUUCCCACUGUGCUUGGAGUUGUGAAUGUGACGGUGAGUGCAGAAGCAGAACAAUCACAGAUUUUGUGUGACAAUGAGAUUGUGAGUGUUCCAGAGAGAGGCCGCAUUGACACAGUUACACGAAGCCUGAUUGUACAGGCUGAAGGAACUGAAAUGAUGAAGAGUCAGAGCUGGUUAUUAUGCCCCCAAGGGAACAGUGUUUUAAAGGAGUUGAAGCUCAUUCUUCCUGAGAACGUAAUACAAGGUUCAGCACGAGCUUCGGUUUCAGUACUUGGAGACAUGCUUGGCCGUGCGUUGAAAAAUCUGGAUGGGCUGCUAAAGAUGCCAUAUGGUUGUGGAGAACAAAACAUUGCACUUCUUGCCCCCAAUAUCUACAUUCUACAGUAUCUAGAGAACACAGAGCAGCUCACAGCAGCGAUUCGUGAGAGGGCUACUGGUUUCCUUAAGAGUGGAUACCAGAGGCAACUUAACUAUAAACAUAUAAAUGGGGCAUAUAGUACAUUUGGCAGUGGAGAGGAGAACACAUGGUUAACUGCUUUUGUCUUGAGGACGUUUGGCAAAGCACAACGUUACAUCUUUAUUGAUCCAGAAAUCAUUAACAGUGCAAAGAAAUGGCUGAUAAGUAUGCAGAGAUCUGAUGGCUGUUUACAAUUACAGGGAAGUCUCUUUAAUAACCAAAUGAAGGGUGGUGUGAAUGAUGGUGUGACCAUUACUGCUUAUAUCGUUGCAUCAUUUCUUGAAUUUGGCAUUACAGUGCAGGAUCCUGUUGUAAAUAAUGGACUGUUGUGCUUAAAAUCUUCUGUUGAUAAAAUGGAGAACACCUACACAACUGCGCUGUUGGCCUACACUUUUAGUCUAGCUGGAGAGAAUCAAAUUCGGGAGCAGCUACUGAAAAAGUUGGAUAAUGUCGCAGCUCGAGAAGCUGGUCGUCUUCACUGGUCUCAGUCGGCAUCAGAUGACUCCGGUGCAUUGUCAGUGGAAAUCAGUUCCUACGUGCUGUUAGCAGUUCUCACCACAGGUAAUCUCACUGCUGCUGAUUUGGGAUAUGCUAAUAGGAUAGUCAGCUGGCUGGUAAAGCAGCAAAAUCCUUUUGGAGGCUUUUCAUCUACUCAGGACACAGUUGUGGCCCUCCAGGCUCUGGCGCUUUACUCCACUAAGGUGUUCAGCUCAGACGGCUCUAGCACAGUAACUGUAACAUCAGCAGAUGGAGACAGUCACAACUUUGAUGUGAACCAGAACAACAAGUUAUUGUACCAAGAAAGAUCACUGCAGGAUGUUCCUGGGAAAUACAGCAUUGAUGUAAAGGGCUCCACCUGUGUGUCAGUGCAGACAGCACUUUUCUACAAUGUCCCCACACCUUCUGAAACCAGUACACUGAGCAUCACGACUUCAACUGAGGGAAGCUACAAAAAAUUACUUGGAGAGAAUCUGUUACUCAAGUUCAAAGUCGCAUAUUCUGGGACACUUGAAAGCACUAACAUGAUCAUUGUGGACAUAAAACUCUUAUCAGGGUUCACAGCAGAUCCCGGUGAGCUAAAAAAGGGCACUUUGGUAGAACGAGUUGAUUCCAAAGACGACCAUCUUGUCAUGUAUAUCAAAGAGCUCCAAAGGAAUACUCCUAUCACCUAUUGUCUGAACAUGAAACAGGUACUUCCUGUCAAGAAUUUAAAGUCGGCUGUGAUAAAAAUUUAUGAUUACUACCAAACAAGUGACCACUUUGAGACGGAGUACACCGGUGUCAAUGAUUAUUCCCUUCACUCCCAGGUCUCGGAGCAUAUGCUGACUUGCAGUGCUACAGCGUAGUGCAGUGUAUUUUCUGUUUAUGUAGCCAUGCUUUUGUUUAGUCUUUGUCUUCACAUUUGUUAAUUUCCUCACUUGGUCAAAUUGUCCACAGCUGUUUUGAGUAUUUGAGUCAUAAAAUACCCAAUGUUUCCAUAUUCAGAUGGCAAAGUAUUGUUCAGUGUUUGGCGCUGGUCUUUACUAAGCCGUUCAUCCUUGUAUUUGUUUUUAUUUUGCCUCAUUCAUGUUAUUUGCUGAUCGCCUGACUCAUUCUUGUAUUAUGUUUUUUAUUUUGGACACUGAAUUUGAACUUGUCUGCUUGUUUUGUAAAUAUAUUUUAGCAUUUAAAUGUCCUUUUUAUACAACACAAAUAUGCCUUGUCAGAUAUCACAUAUGCACUGUCUAUAUGUUGUGUGAUGCUUUUAUUUUCUUACUUAUAUGUUAUAUUUGCAGUUUCUCACAUUAUGAUAGUAGCAGUAUAAUUUGAACAUUCUUUUUUCAGUGUUAUCCUUUAGCACAGAUGUUGGGACUCCCAGCUGAAAAUGCCCUACCUAACUUUAAAUGUUAACAGUUCCUGUUAAAAGUGGGCUACAUACAAUUUAAACAUCAUUAAAAAAAACACUUUGA